AUGCUCCAUUUCAUCCUUGGACACUUCGUACCAGUGGAGGAGAAACUCUGGAAGUCUGGCUGCAACGUGGUCAGCAGCCUCUUCUCGGAUUUGGGUCGCUUCUUGUCCUUUGUGCUGGUCGUGUCCAUCUCGAUGAAGGUGGACAAUUCAACCGAUGUGCUCUACGACUGGGAGGCCGCGUUUUGGCCCUGCUGGGGCCUGGAGGGAGUGAUUGCGCUGGUAGUCCUGCUGGUUUUGCCAGCUUGUCUGCUUUCCAGCUUGACCGACCGUCGGAAGUUGCUGAUGCUCACCUGGGUGGUGCUAUCUGGGCUGGGCCUUGGCACCACAAGCUUCAUUUCCAUGUACAAUAUCGCUUACACCCUGGACAAUAAAUAUUGUUCUGACCCUCCUUACACGCCAACUUCAGGAUCUGAGAGGUGCUUGCAGAAGCUGCAGCUUUCCAUUUGGCCCUGGUUGGUCUUUCUGCCGAGCUUUGCCUUAGUCACCUCGCUGGCGAAGCGGCCAUUGGCCACCGCGCUGCAUGCGGCGUGGUACCAACCGGGCAGAAGUGAGGCCCCACCACCACCGACGCCGCACCGUGACCUCCCUCCUCCAAGCGUGUUGUUCCGGGUCACAGCGACCUACUACUCUCGGAGUUGGGAGGCGGCUGCAGAUUUGGAAGCAAACCCUGCCCAGACAACCCUGUCGGUCACACGUUCCUUGGAUCCCUCUUCGUCCAUCCUGUCUGCCCGUGGUGCCACCUUUGCUGACAUCGUGGAGUCUGAACAGCUUUGCUUCAUUUGCUACGACCAGGUGCCAGAAGCGAUUCUACUGGAGUGUGGUCAUGCUGGCAUGUGUGUGGGCUGCGCUCUGCAAUUGCUGGAAAGGCGCCCUGGACAGGCUCACUGCGCCAUUUGCCGCUCCCACAUCGCCAGCGUGGUGAGGCUUCGAGCAGACGUGGCCGUUCCAGGGAGUCUCUUCGUACGCCCGGGCCCGGCCUCUUGGGCUGGCCCUGGGAGACCCUCCAGCUCCUCACAGUCCGCCUUGUUGGAGGCAACUACAGGGAGCUCUGAACUCUGGCCAACGGUGGCCAAGCGCUAUGCCGUCUCCGUGGAGGCCGUCCGAAGGCCGAUGGGUGUCCGCUGGUGGCUUCCGUCCCUGAGAUGA